UCAGAAAGAGAAUCGCUAGUCGCUGUGUGUGUGUGUUGUGGAGUCGCUUAGCUUUUAGCUCUUAGCGGUAGCUUUAGUUUUAUUUACUUAACAAACCCUUUUGAUCACUUAAAUCGUUCAUCUGAAUUAGCGAAACAUGUCUACUCCUGCUAGACGACGGCUUAUGAGGGAUUUCAAACGGCUCCAGGAGGAUCCUCCAGCUGGUGUGAGCGGAGCUCCAUCUGAGAACAACAUCAUGGUGUGGAACGCGGUCAUAUUCGGCCCUGAGGGAACACCUUUUGAAGACGGUACGUUCAAGCUGACGGUGGAGUUUACAGAAGAAUAUCCUAACAAACCUCCGACUGUGAGAUUCGUCUCCAAGAUGUUUCACCCGAACGUGUACGCAGACGGAAGUAUUUGCCUGGACAUUCUUCAGAACCGCUGGAGUCCGACGUACGACGUGUCCUCCAUCCUGACCUCCAUUCAGUCGCUUCUAGACGAGCCGAACCCCAACAGCCCGGCCAACAGCCAGGCGGCUCAGCUGUACCAGGAGAACAAGCGCGAGUACGAGAAGCGGGUUUCGGCCAUCGUGGAGCAGAGCUGGAGAGACAGUUGACCCCACACACACACACACACACACACACACACACACACACACACACACACCCUACCCUCUUUGACACUCACCUCCCGUUUCCGUCGCUGUUCAGCGGAAAAUAAAUAUUUACUCUUUUUGGGUUUGUUUUUAAGUUUUUUUAUGCACUUUACUUAUCGUACAGGAUCGUGGUUUUGUGCUUCUUGUACACGAUCGAGUGUGAAAACCCUGCACGUCUCAUUUCCGUCCAUUUCCAACACACACACACACACACACACACACACCGUUCUAAUCUCAUCAGGAGGCGAUUACUUGUGCUGUAUUCUGAAUAAAAAACACUCACGCUGAGAUCUGAAGAAAUGAAAUACCCUUAGAUUCUCAAUUAUGAUAAUUAAAAAAAAAACAAGAAAAUAAACAAACAUCACUCAUGUCAGUAUUUCAGGAUGAUAUAUAUUAUAUAUACGUUUUUUUUUUCUUCCUAGUCUUUGAUGUCGUACGCUAUUCUGUGCAUGAAUGCCUGCGUAUGAGUGUGUGUGUGUGUGUGUGUUUCAGCAAGCUUGUAUAUAAGACACAUGAUGGAUUAUAUAUGUACAGAUUUUGCACUGGUUGUCAGUCAUUUUUUUCCAGCACUUGUAAAUAAUGGAAAUAAAAAAAAGCAGUUAUGCUGAGAACUCGA